AUUGUUUCAUUCAUUUAUUUUAAGUAAAAGAAUUGGCAAGGAGAAUCAGCUGCCUAAAUUCUGCCACUUAAUUAUAUCAGUCUAAAUAAUUAUUUAUACACAAAUGAAGAUCAUAGAUGCAUAUAAUAUGUAUAUAUAUGUAUUUAUAUAUAUCUAGUCUUUGCUUUAUUUCCUGCAAAUACAAAAUGAAUGAAAAUAAAUUAGGUGCAGCUGCAUACUGUGUGACUGGUGCAAAUGGAUACAUAGGAUCAUGGUUGGUGAAGCUUCUUCUUCAAAGAGGUUAUAUGGUUCAUGCUACUGUUCGUCAUCCUGCAAAAUCACUACAUCUAUUGUCACAAUGGAGUGGAGUUGACAGAUUGAGACUGUUCAAAGCUGAUUUGCAAGAAGAAGGCAGCUUUGAUGAACCUGUAAAGGGCUGCCAUGGUGUAUUCCAUGUUGCAGCAUCAAUGGAAUUUGGUUCCGAAACGAACAGCAACACUGAGUACAUUCAGUCAAAUAUUAUUGAUCCUGCGAUUAACGGAACGCUGAACCUUCUAAAAUCAUGCUCGAAAUCUGAAUCCGUGAAACGGGUUGUUUUCACAUCCUCCAUUAGUACACUAACUGCUAAAGACAGCGAUGGGAACUGGAGAGAUGUAGUCGAUGAAACUUGCCAGACUCCGAUAGAUCAUGUCUUGAACACGAAAGCUAGCGGAUGGGUUUACGUGCUCUCCAAGCUUGUUUCAGAAGAAGCAACUUUCAAAUAUGCAAAACAGAAUAAUAUCGAUCUUGUUUCGGUAAUAACAACUACUGUUGCUGGUGCAUUUCUUACUUCAACUGUUCCAUCAAGUAUUCAAGUUCUCUUAUCUCCAGUAACAGGCAACUCCGAGUUUUAUUCCAUAUUAUCAGCAGUGAAUGCAAGAAUGGGUUCUAUAGCAUUAGUCCACAUUGAAGACAUAUGCAAUGCACAUAUAUUUCUAAUGCAGCAUAGUAAAGCAGAAGGUAGAUACAUAUGCUGUAAAAAUAGUUAUCUAAUGACUGAAUUAGUUGAUCAUCUUGCCGAGGAGUAUCCUUGCUCGAACAUUCCAAGGUAUGUCAGGGGAAAAGAAGGUCGCAUACCUUCUGAGAUUUCUUCAAAGAGAUUAAGAGAACUCGGGUUCACUUACAAGCAUGACAUUAAAGAUAUAGUUCGUGAAACUAUAUCAUGUUGCAUCGACUAUGGAUUGCUACCGCGUAUUCGAUAGUAAAGAGAAGUUAAUGUUAGAAACUCAUGAUAUAUGAACAUAGACAGGAAAAAAUGCUCAAACAAUGUGUCUAUGGUUUUACUGUAUAUAAGCAAAGCCUGAGGUGACCGUAUGAACAUAUUUAAGUUACUACAUUGAACCAUAUGAACAUUUUACCGAACA